CAUGUGUGUACAUGAGUGUAUAACCGUGCAUGCGUAGAGAAUUUUCUGGCCGAAGGUUUCAGUUGUGAAAACAGACGAGGCGCUGUGCCGGAGCCUCUAGGUUUUCCUCAGUUUGAUCCAGUUAAAAGCUGCCUUAUUUUUAAAAAAUCAAAGCCUUCUUAGACGGAUUCUAAAUACAUGAAUCGCCUUCGUCUGAUUUGAAUUAGAUCUCGGCUAUUGGAACGUUCCAGUCAAGAAACCGAAUGAAAUUUUCUUCAAAAAUCUUAAUUGUGAUUUGUGUAAUACCUAAUGCAUAAAUUUGGUUCGGAAUGUGCAAAGGAAGACGUAUCCGCCUUUCUAAAGAUCUACCUUAAAAGUGGACUAGCUUUUAGCACUUGAAUGGUACCGUAACUCAAGCGUCAUCUUGUAUGGAAUGGAUUCCUUAAAUGAGAUAAUUGACCACCAAACAUUUAGCCAGGAGUUAGUUGAAGAUGCAUCGGAGUUCAUCACUGUGGGUCAUCAUUCGGAGCGCCCUUCGCAGUCCAGUCAGCAGCCUAAUUCUGGACAGGAUCUGACAAUGUCUAUGCAAGACAUGAUACCCUGUCCCAGAACAAACUCUUUGAGUGGAGGGGGGAAACACCGGCCCUGUUCUGCAUCUGGGUCGGGAUCGGCAUCGGGAUCCGAUUCCAUUGUCAUGGUUAUAGACGCACUGGGACAAGGUAAUAGGCAUUCAUCAUAUGUGCCUCAGCAGUUACAGCAAAGAACAUUGUCAUUGCCUUUCGGGUUACUUGAACAAGAUAGGCAGCAUAUGCAGCAUGAGCGUGAUGUCAAUACCAGUCCAGUGGACUUUGUAUCACCAGACAUAAAUUUGGAUGGUCUGACUGUAGACGCAGACGUCUCCCAGACGGAUCACUCCCAAGAAACGGCGAUAAAGCAGGAGCAAAAGCUACUUAUUGUGCAAUCAAAGAGCCAGGAUCAAAGCCACAGGCGCAUUCGAAUGCUUGUGGACGUUUCGAGCGUAAAUUCAGGCCUUGACGUGCACGUGGAUAAUAUGGAUGAAAUUUCCUCUGAUGGCGUUGGCUGCGACGACGAAGGAGUUACGCUGAGCCACCAGCAUCUUUUGGAACCGGAGGAACAAUUCGGCCUAACAAGCCACCAUUCGCAUCACCAACCUCAUACACAGAUCCUCCAUGGCUUGCACCAGAGGUCAACACAUUCGGAAAUGGGACUGGACAGUGGGCAUGGGGAGGUUCUAUCGGUUAUCGUCCAUUCACAGGACAGCGACAAGGAGGACUGCGAGGAAAAUGAUAAUGGGGAUGCAGAAGGAGAUUUAGAAAAUGAAGACGAUGAUGAACGCGACUCGCGGAGUCGUGAACAGCUGCUUAGUCACAGCUCGUAUCAGGCUCUGACCUCGGUGAAUGAUCGCCUAUCUUCGCCUGGGUUUAGUCAAACAUCGUAUGCUACACUCACCCCCAUACAACCACUUCCGCCUAUAUCAACGAUGUCCGAGAAGUUCGCGUACUCUGGACACAUUUCAGGAGGAGACAGUGGCGACACGGAUGUCAAUGGAGAUGGUGCAGGUGGAGGAGUCGUUGGUGAAGUCAUCAACCAAUCCGGCGAGGCAACAGGGACUGUUUCAAUAACUAGUGGCAAUGCUACAUCCUCUGUGUGCUCAAACAACGAUUGUAGUUCUUUUUCUGGCCUUUCCAUGCCCAUAGGAAGUGGCCAUUUGGGUCUAGGUGUUUUAAGCGGCGUCCAGUCACCAUUUUCUUCAUACGAAAAGCUAUCUUCGAUGAUUUCCCCUCCGCCUAAUAACUAUUUGGUCUCGUGCGAUCUAAAUGGCUCCGUUUCGGGACGCGUUAUAAAUUCAUCGCACUUGCAGCUAAGUCACAACGACAAUAAAAAGGAGUCUGGAACACACGAACACACACACAGGCCUGCUGAUGUCAAUGGAGGGAAGUUUUCCUAUACUGGCCACAUCUCCGGAGGUGAUAGUGUAGAUAAUGAUGUAAACGGUGAGAAGUUCUCUUUCUCUGACCAUAUCUCCGGAGGGGAUAGCGGAGAUGAAGAUGUUAACAGAGAAAAAUUCAUAUACUCAGAUCACAUCUCCGAAGGAGAUAACGGACCAGACGUCAAUGGCGGAACGAAUUGGCUCCAGAUGCACUCUGAGAGGGAAGUGCGGUUCCAUAUGUCCGUGCCGGCUGAGCUGGAAGCGAGGUUUCACAUUUCCUCAGAGCGAAGGACUCGACUCAAUGUGCCACCUGCUCGUGGUUCUUUGGGCCGACAUCUUGCUCCAAACGCUCCGAUCUGCCCCGCGGAUUGGAAGGCGGAUGAUUGGAAACACAGCAAUUCUGGCAUUGUCAGUUUGACCGCCGAUAUGCCCGUGGUUGUGUCUCUUACUCCUACACCGCCUCCGAUAAGAGACGACUCUGUGAGCGGUAUUAAACAAAACGAGCGAUCAUCACCAGGACACAGAGAACAGUACUUCCUCGAUAAAAGCGAAGAACCCAGUUCCGUGAUAGCAGAUCAGUGCAGUCCGGGCAUCCAUGGCACCCCGCACUCGGUGUGUGUCAUUCACCAGCAGUCUCAAUCAGCUCUCGGAAACGGGUUUCAAUCAAGCAGCCAGCAGGCCAAGGUUUCAUCGUGCGAAUCACCAAAGGUGACUGUGUCCUCUGGAGGUGGAGGUUCCAGCCGCAAUGCAAAUUCCACCGACAUGGAGGAGAUCAAUACUAAGGAUCUGGCACAGCGCAUCUCAGCCGAACUCAAGCGAUAUAGCAUUCCGCAGGCUAUAUUCGCACAACGGGUACUCUGCCGAUCGCAAGGCACCUUGUCCGAUUUGCUGCGAAACCCAAAGCCGUGGUCAAAGCUAAAAUCCGGCCGAGAGACGUUUCGCAGGAUGUACAAAUGGCUCCAGGAGCCCGAGUUUCAGCGCAUGUCUGCUCUGCGAAUGGCCGCUGCCCAAAUUCCUCAGCGAGCUCCUUUAAGCUCUGGAAUGUCCCUUGGGUCAGCAACAUGUCCAAGUGGCUCCACCGGCACAAUGCCGACGGAUUUGGACACACAUGGCGGCACUACGAUGACCCCAAAUGUUCUGACCAACGAGUCGGACUCUUCGCCUUUAUCCACACCUGUUACAAGCGUUUUGGUUGGCGUGGUUAGCUGUCGUCGAAAGGAAGAGCCCCAGAUCGAACAAAUGCCCCAGCCUAAAAAGCCGCGAUUGGUCUUCACCGAUCUCCAGCGACGAACAUUACAAGCUAUUUUCAAAGAAACUAAAAGACCUUCGAAGGAGAUGCAAGUGACCAUCGCGAGACAGCUAGGACUCGAGCCUACUACAGUGGGAAAUUUUUUUAUGAACGCCCGAAGAAGGUCGAUGGAUAAGUGGCGAGAUGAUGACUCCAAAAGCACUAUGCAUAUGACACAUAACCGACAACAACAACAAGACGAGCAGGAGAAAGAUAAUGCCCAUACUCAUAGUCAGUCUCAAAUUCAAGUUCAAAAUCACACUCAAAAUCAAGCUAUUAAUAAUAGCAUGUCGCAAGAUCCCUAUUCAAAUCUUCACACAACUGCUAUGUCGCCUCUUGGAGCUUUUGAUGAAGAGGCUGAUAUGGACUUGGAACUAGAAAGUCAUGACUUUGAUUUAGUGGACCCCGAUGAACAUGGGGAUACCAAUGAUCCAAACGCCGACAUGUUGUGACAGCAUAGCCAAAGCAGACGUCGAACGAUCAACAAGCCCAAAGUAUUGGCUCCGAAGACAUCGACUCUCUACUUUAACAGCACCUGCAUUCAGUCUCGUACGCACAUGGUUUCUCUGAGAAGAGAAAUGGAUGUUAAUAUAGAUUGCAUUGUCAGAAAGAAUAACGAAGGUAUUAGCAACGGGAGCUAUGACAAAAACCGGGGUGAUGUUUCGUCGGACCAUUUGCAUCAAGGCGAACGUCUUUCAGAUGAAAAGAUUAUAAUAAAGCAAAGCUUUCGCCAAGAAGCACUCGAUAAGGAGGCCCAUAUAUUCAUUGAUGAUAUAGCUAUUCGAAAUGGCUUGGAUGACCUGAAGGUAAUGAUUGUCUGCUAAGGACAGACAUAAUAUCUAGCGAUCUCAUUGCUUACUGAUACUUUAAUUGUCCGAAAGUUUAGCAAGCUCUUCUAUUAUAGGCUUAAAGUUUAUUUGAACCAAAAUAUUUUCAAAGCAACAACAGUAAAUACAUAUAUCAAAUACUUUCAAACAAAUAUCUUUCCUCCCAAUUCUAAAUUAUGAACAGAGAUUUUAAUUGUAAAAUGUUUGACCCUGUUUUAAUGCUUAUCUGUUAAUGAAUUUUCAAGAUGUAAUCUUAACAAGGAAAGCUUAAAGUACAUAAAAUUUGAUGAAAUCUUUUUUAGAAUCGAUAGUAUGGUCCAUAUAAUUAAAUGAUGGAGAUUAUUUCAUGGAAAUAUGAAGGCGCUUCAAAUGGUCAAUUCGCUUAGUCCAAUUUUGGCACACUCUUUCCAGCAUUUCGGCCGGUAUCUCACAAAUAAAUGCUUCAAUGCUAUUUCCAAUGUAUCAAUUCAAGCGGGCUUGUCUCGGCAGACAUGGUCUUUAACACAUCCCCACAAAAAAUAGUCUAAAGACAUUAAAUGGCACCAUCUAGGGGGCAAACUAACCGGUUCCGAACGUGAAUAAAUAAAUAAAAUGGUCACCGAACUGGCCAACAGUGUAAAUUUGGUGCGAAAUUUAGACACAAAAGACCGAAUUGCCGCUUAAGUGAUCGAUUGAACUGACCGUCAAUAAUUUCCAACCGCUCCUUUGUAAGACGAUUUAUUGUUAAAUUGCAGACCAAACUGAAGAUGUUUCACAGUGAAAACAAUAUAGUAUAACGCAAUAUAGUAUAACCAUAUAUUCUUAAUCAGGAUUCAUGCCGAACUAUUAGUAGUCUAGCUAUUUCAUCUGCAUGUAAAUCAAAGCCUCGCGAGAUUAGGCAAGCAGACUCUAGUGAUACCUACGCUGUGCCCAUAAACACAAUUAAAAUCUCACCGUCACCCUUUAUAAUUACGUUAUAAUUUUCAAUCGUAUAUUGCCUACCGAUAUCCUAAUAAUAUUGUGGGCACACGGUAAAGCGCACGAACUAAUUCGCUUUGCUGCUUGCUUAUCUCAACUCCCCCGCAGGAAGUGUCAAUACCCGUAAUCGAGGUAUUUGACUAUGGUUUUUUUAAUUUAUUUGUGAAAAGAAACUAAAUUUGACAUGUUAAAGCUGCAAAAGUACAAAACAUAUAUUUGUUGAAUUAAGCUUCCUUGUUAUUAUAGAAUUAUUUUUUUUUAUUUAUUUAAAAAUUCGUUAUCCUACUUAAAACAUUUAUAUCUUUCUUAAUGUUUGACUGAGUACGCGGUUAGGCCGCGUACGCACGCAGGUAAAUUUUCUCUUCAGCAAAAUUUAGAAGGUCCUUUAUACGACAUUAUUGCCCACUAGCCUUGUGUAAUAAGAAAUGUCUCAAGAAUUUACAAUUCACAGAUAUAAUAUUCUCCACUUGCAAUAUCGGUACACCUUGUACAAUAUAUCGAGACAGUCAGUUAAGCUUUGAGAAAGUAACUAUGUCGUGCUUGGGCGUACCUAUUUAUAUGUUAAAAAAUAAUAUAUUUACCUUAUCGGAACGGAAUGCAAUUGGCCUUAGGCAAAAAGAUAAAACGUCCUUGGUAAAGCGGAAAGGUGUACGUAUGUAGAUAUUAGUUUGAAUCAAAUUGAUGAUAUGUAUAUUGAAUAACAAAUAUGUAAAGAAAACUGUAUCUAGUCAAAUUCUUAAGAUAAAAAAUUAAUUUAAUCAUUUCAUACCAAUAUAAUGUAGAAACGUUUAUUUAAUAUUAUAAUUCACUCAUCCGCAUUAAAAAAGCCUAUAUUGUACCUUAGUAUUUACCUUUUUUGAAGAAAUAUCCGGGUUAAAAAAAUUAAUUUUAAAUGUUAAUACUUAAAAACAAUAUGGAUAUCAAAUAAUACCUAAUAAUUUUUAAUAUAAAUGUAAGAAAGUGUAUAUAAAAAAAUUUUGUAAAAUUCUUCCAGUUAAGUUUGAAUGUAGAUUUUCCAUAAACAAUAAAAAAACACAAUAAAUCACCAUUUAUUUAGAAUGAUACCAAAUAUUUUAAAAAUACUCAAAUGUCAUUAAAGUCAUUAUGUUAAUAUCUCUAGGACGUAUUAUGAAUAAGAAUAUGCAUCUUGGUGUAUGCUAGUCAAUUUAGUUAAAAUAAAAUGUAGAAAAGAGCGCAUUAGUGAGGUGGGUAUGUCUAGGCACAUUUUUAAUUUAAGUAUAUAUGUAAAAAUCAGGCAAUGCAAUAAUAAAUUAAAGGCAAACUUUAUUGAAUAUUAUUACGUGUGAGGUUGUGCCAAAAGAGGAGCGCGCGGAGAAGACGGUAGGAGCAGCGAAUUUGCAAGAAGCUAUCAGCUGCCCAAUUAAGAUCCCGGAACGAAUUUAAAAGAUGUAGCCACCUGUUAAAAGAUUCCAACUUCAGGGAGUUUAGAUGAAUUUACAGACCGAAACAGCGACUGGCCCAGUCAAAACACGAACGAAACCACGUUAAAAUCGAUUUCUUUGACUAUCCCGUUAGUCGAUUACUCGUUACCCAGCCAGCGCAUUAAAAACCAAAAACAGAAUGCGCAAAAUGAUGUGCAGCUCGGCCGCCUUAUUCAGCGGGGCUACCGUGGGACCGCAGAGCCCCGGUGCAUUCCCCUUCCCUUUAGGGGAUACGUUUUUAAUCCUUCAGACUGCUGAUGUUGAGAAUAGCAUCCGGUGUUGCACCACCAUUGGCACCAACUAACUCAUAUGUAUGCAUGUUGCAAUAGAAAACAUUUUCACCCAUUUUAGCUGCCGUACCAAACCACCAACUAGAGCAAAUAAAAAACUGACUUUUUCACCCAAUGUUUAAGUUAAUUACACCCACGGGGGCGUGGUAAAAAUUAUUUUAGCAAAUCUAUAUAAAUUUACAAGGCUAAUAAAAUGAUGAAAAAAUA